AACGAGAACCACACCAGCAGUAGCAACAUCAUCCAUAUAUCACUCUCUUCUUCUCUAUCGCCUUUCCACAUUUAGAUUCCCAUGGAGUCGCGAGUGUUGUCACGCGCCACCACUCUAUCCUCCCUCCCUCGCCUCAACAAACUGCCGCGUGUAUCCCUCGUCAAUGCUUCACUCCUCUCCGUCAAAGCGAUCGGCUCUGUCGCUGAUGGCGGGAACCUCGUUUGGGGAAGACAACUUCGUCCGGAGCUUUGCUCGCCGGUGUUGAAAAAAGAUGCUGUACUCCUCCGCCCUUGCCUCGCUGCCGCCGAGGGAAAUGAUUCCGCCGGGGAAACGAAGGUAGCUCCAGUCGGGUUCUUCAGCAAGUACCCGGCUCUUGUUACCGGUUUUUUCUUCUUCACUUGGUACUUCUUGAAUGUGAUUUUCAACAUCCUCAAUAAGAAGAUCUAUAAUUAUUUCCCCUAUCCUUACUUUGUGUCGGUUAUCCAUUUAUUCGUGGGUGUGGUGUAUUGUUUGGUGAGCUGGACUGUGGGCCUUCCUAAGCGCGCUCCUAUAGAUGCGAACCUGCUGAAGUUGCUCAUACCUGUAGCUGUGUGUCAUGCAUUAGGCCAUGUGACCAGCAAUGUCUCAUUUGCUGCAGUUGCUGUUUCUUUCACACAUACCGUUAAAGCUCUUGAGCCAUUCUUUAAUGCUGCUGCUUCACAAUUCAUACUUGGACAAUCAAUUCCUAUCACUCUUUGGCUCUCACUUGCUCCCGUUGUUAUUGGUGUGUCAUUGGCGUCGUUGACUGAGCUCUCAUUCAAUUGGCUCGGCUUCAUAAGUGCUAUGAUUUCAAACAUUUCAUUUACAUACAGGAGUAUCUAUUCAAAGAAAGCCAUGACUGAUAUGGAUAGUACCAAUAUCUAUGCCUACAUUUCCAUCAUUGCUCUAAUUGUCUGCUUACCACCGGCCAUAAUUUUGGAAGGGCCUAAACUGUUGAAGCAUGGUUUCAAUGAUGCAAUUGCUCAAGUAGGUUUGGUCAAGUUUGUAUCAGAUCUCUUCUGGGUUGGUAUGUUUUACCACCUCUACAACCAGGUGGCCACCAACACAUUGGAGAGAGUGGCUCCUCUUACUCAUGCAGUUGGCAAUGUACUGAAACGUGUAUUUGUCAUUGGAUUUUCAAUUAUAAUCUUCGGUAACAAGAUUUCCACCCAAACUGGUAUUGGAACUGCCAUUGCAAUUGCUGGAGUGGCACUCUACUCCUUCAUCAAAGCUAAGUUGGAGGAAGAGAAGCGACAAGCAAAAGCAGCAUAAGGUGUCAACUUGGAGGAUGUCUUGCACUGUAAAUCAUCACAAAUUUCCUUCAAAAUAAUUUGACUUGUUCAGUAUUUGUACUAUCCUUGUGAUAGCGUCCAUUUCAUUUUCCUUCUUUAUUUUUGUCAAAUAUUUCCCUUUUCCCCCCCUUGUUCAUUCAGAAAACAAGGACUUGCUGAUUUGCAGUCUUUUGAUGACUGAGAAAUGAUGUAUCCAUGAUUGUCAUAAAGAGCCCUUAAAACUAUAAUUAUCAAAGUUGUAAAAUUGGUCAAUAAUCAACGGCUAGCUAUGUUUAUUCAACA